GAAGCACACUCCAUAACGCAGCCGCCUAACGUAAAUGCCAGGCGUCCUCCACUUGCAACAGCAGACGCGCACUUUUACCACCCCUUGCGGCUAGCUGAUUUCCUUCGUUGGGUCCAAGAUGCGCAUCCUGGCGUUGAGCCUCUUCGUUCUACUGGGAUCCAGAGGCAACGGCGCAGCCCAGUCCUCAAGGAACACCAUUCAGGCCGGGAAUGCUGACCGUACGAUAUCCGUUCCAUUGGUCAACCACAAAAAUCUCACAUACACCAUGGUGCUGAAGAUAGGUACGCCACGACAGGAAUUCAAGGUCAUGCUUGAUCCGGCGGGAAUUACCUGGGUCCCUGCCUACUACUGCACCGAAGGAGAACCCUGCUUUGGACACAAGAUGUACGACCACAGCGAGUCGACGACGCAAACAACUGAUUGGGAGGACGGCGCCACUGACUUUGGCACGGGCAACGUCACCGGAUUCGCAUUUCGGGAUACUCACGAACUAGGUGGCGUGGACGUCGGGAAUCUCUAUUUCGUCAGCGGCAUCGGCUUUCACGGAGUACCCAGCUUCGUGAACGAGCCGUUCGAUGGCGUAUUCGGACUCCGCCUCGGUACGAACUCGUCGCUUUACGAAAUGGCCAGCUCAGGAGUCAUCAGCAAGCCCUGGGUGGGACUGUACUUCAGCUCCAACGAAAACGUUCAAGGUGAAGCGCUGUUUGGGGGAGCAAACAAGCAGCACUACGAGGGUCCGCUGACUUUCGUGGAUGCCCUCGACAGUGCUUUCCAGUUCCGUCUGGAUGCGUACGAAAUACUUGGUCAGAAGCAUGUGCUACAACAGUCUGCAUCGUGGGCUCGGCCAGCGCCAACUGAACCAUUCAUUGGCGGUCCAGCCACCGAAAUCAACAAAAUCAACACCCUACUUGCGGCACGUAAGGUCCAGAAAGGAAAAUACGAACUUCGCUGCCACGUCAGGCCCUCCGAGGUCACCUUCGUGAUCGGUGAGAAUAAGAUUGUUCUACGUCCAGAAGACUACGUGGUGAAGGUUCACACUGCCUCGGGCACGGAAUGCUACAGCGGCUUCGUUGAAGCGGAAAAGACAGCGAACGCAAGCUGGCAGUUCGGCCUGGUGUUCCUCCGACGAGUAUACACCGUGCUCGAGGCGCCGCUUGAGUCCUCAGGCCACGGCCGACUCGGCCUCGCCAUAGCGCACUAAGUUUUCUGCUCGUGACUCGGAGUGUAUAUGCCUUGUCUUCAAGGCAAGAGUACAUUAGGACCUGCUGUAUUGAAAUUAAAAAAAUUCAUUUAUAGAACCCUUUCCAGCGUAUCGUAGUUGACUAAAAUGCGUAAGUGCCAAGUUCUUGUUUGAUCUCUUUCUCAUCUUCCUCGUCUAGUAAGUGCACAUCGGGUACGGAAGACGUUUCUUUUAUCUAGACUAGAGUCUGUUACUCUAUUCAACACGCUCAGAGCAAACGUACCUAAUGUCGAAUCCCAUCGCGAGCUGUUUCGGCAGGUCGCCCAAGGCUGCCACCUUAAUUACGGGGGAGCUGACGAAAAACUUGCUUAGAGAACACUGGCGACAAGCAUGCAGUAAGUACUGGCUGAGCGUUAUUGCAGUCAUUCCUUUGUUGCAUUUGUUGCUGCCUGUAAAACAGGGCCAUGGACCACGCCAAGCCUUGCUUGCUUUUUGUCCACGGUCCUCAGCAUCAGUUGUAUGUUGAAAUAAACUUGAUUUGGUUUGAUUGA